CCUGGAGCGGGUGGAGCGCGGAUCCCGCUGUCCGCCCGUGGAGAGUGGCGCCCCCUGCUGCCCGGCCUGGGAGGUGGCGAGGGCGCCCACGAAGGCAGGAACAUGGCGGGGCGGUCCGCGGACCCGGCCGCACAGCCACCGGACCGGGACGGAGUGGCGCCCAACGUGGUGGCGCGGAUCUCCCAGUGGGCCGACGACCACCUGCGCCUCGUCCGGAACAUCAGCACUGUUAUGGCCAUAGCUGGAGUAAUGUUACUUCUAAGAAGUGUUCGACUGACAUCAAAAUUUACAAGUUCUUCAGAUAUUCCAGUAGAGUUUAUAAGAAGGAAUGUUAAACUACGAGGACGACUACGCCGAAUAACUGAGAAUGGUUUAGAAAUUGAACACAUUCCCAUUACUUUACCUGUUAUAUCUUCAUGGAGAAAAGAGCCUUGUGGUGUUUUGCUGGUUAAGCUGGCUGGAGUGGAACUCACUGAAAUGGGGAAGGUAUGGUUACAAAAAGAGCUAAAACCUUCCCAAGUACUAUGGUUCCAGCUUCUUGGGAAGGAGAAUUCAGCCCUCUUUUGCUAUCUUUUAGUAAAUAAGGGUAGAUAUUUUAGUGUGAGUCUGAAUGAAGAAAUUUUGAGAAGAGGCCUUGGCAAAACUGUUCUUGUUAAAGGGCUAAAUCAUGAUUCUAAAAUCUAUUGGAGAAUUCACAGAAACUUACUGAAAGCUGAAUUAACAGCCUUAAAAAAAGGAGAAGGAAUAUGGAAGGAAGAAUCUGAAAAAGAAAGUUAUUUGGAAAGAUUCAAAGGCUCCUGGAGAGAAAUAUGGAAAAAAGACAAUUAUUUAAAAAAAGUUGGAUCAGAUUUCAACUUGAAAAAAGAAAGUUAUUAUGACAAAUUUAGAAGGACUUAUGAAGCAUGGAAAGAGAAUGUGAAUAACUACUCCUUGUUACUGAAGUUCAGAGAACUUAUGAGUCGCGUACACUUUCGGAGAAAAGGGUGAAAUAUCUCAAAGAGUCCGGAGGUGACCUACUCCAAAAAGAAUGAAAUAUGUAAAUAUAAUGAAUAAUUUUCAUUGAGAUGAAAUGGAAAUUUCCCUGGAUGAUCAAACUUGCAUUCUAAUGAUAUUUAAAUAUUUAAGAGAUGAUUCUUAUAAAUGUAACAUCAGAAUAACUUAAACAAAUGGUGAUGAAUGUAAUGUGCUUUUAGCAAAAACAAAACACUAAAAAGUUAUCAGUAAAAAAAAAGUUAUCAGGUUAUCCUUCAACACAUGUAAUGAUAAUACACAUGUACACAUGUAGUUAUAAUACAUGAAGAGAGUUUGUCUUCAUAACUAUUGACAAUAACUAUUGUCACUGUGUUAUUUUAGUACUUUGGAGCAGUCAUAUUUAACUUUUGUUUAAAGAGAAUGUUUAUUUUUCUAGUUUUAUUAACUGAUUACUUGUAGUAAAGGAGUUCUCUAUGCGUCA